AUGGAAUUGUGUUCCAAUAGUCUUAAGAAUAUUAUUCAACACAAACCACAAGUAUUUUGUCGACAACCGGGAGAACCCAUGAAUUCAAUCGAGUUUUACAUUUCGUGUCAUAUAUUCAAAGAGAUCUUAGAAUGCGUUCAAUAUUUACAUGAAUUGAAUCCUCCGGUCGUUCAUAGAGAUCUAAAACCCGACAAUAUAUUAGUGGCGAAGACUGUAAGGAACGGCAGGUAUAUAAAAGUGGCUGAUUUUGGGUUGGCAUCACUGCACUCCAGUUCCUUUGUAAGUCAUACCAAAGGAGUGGGAACUCGUCAAUACAUGGCACCGGAAUUGCAUUUCCCCGAUUGAGUUGAAUAUUUACUCGGGAUAUGAAAUAUACGACAAAUUCAUAAAAUUGGAUCAAAUCAUAGACUCGAUGUGUGUUCCCAGUCAUAGCACUCGACCCGAGUGUUCACAAGUAUUAUCGGAAUAUAACUUAUGGUCUAUUCAUGAGAAUUGUCUCAAAACUGAUCCCACAUUUGAUUCCACACUAAAACUCAUUCAACAAAAUGAUUACAAUUUUUUUGCGGAAUAU